AUGGUACAUGCUCUCGAUCAAGGUGUUGGUUAUGGAAUAGUCCUUGGAUUUGGGGCGUUCUUUGCCAUAGUAAUGACGCUUUUAACACUCGCACAAAAACGAUAUUUGAGUGAAUAUCAGUCAAGUGAAAUGUUUAUGACAGCACAUAGAUCUGUGAAAACGGGUUUAGUCGCUUCUGCUGUGGUCUCAUCAUGGACAUGGGCUGCUACUCUACUUCAAUCCUCAACGGUCGCUUUUAAAUACGGAGUUUCUGGUCCAUUUUGGUAUGCGUCUGGUGCUACAGUACAAGUUUUACUUUUUGCAAUUUUGGCAAUAGAAUUGAAACGCAGAGCACCAAACGCACAUACAUUCUUAGAGAUUGUUAAUGCUCGAUACGGGAAACCUGCGCAUAUAGUUUUUUUAUUCUUCGGUUUGGCCACUAAUAUGGUCGUAACCGCAAUGUUAUUAUUGGGUGGUUCUGCUGUAGUCAAUGCCAUUACGGGGAUGAAUGUCAUCGCUGCUUGUUUCUUAUUACCUUUGGGUGUCAUUAUCUAUACACUGUUUGGUGGUCUAAAAGCAACAUUUCUUACAGAUUACGUGCACACAACUGUAAUUUUUGUCAUCAUUCUCUCAUUCGUAUUCACCGUCUACGCAACAAACGAAACAAUUGGUUCUCCAUCAAAAAUGUACGAUCUCUUAAUUGCUGCCUCACAAAAACGUCCGGUUCAAGAUAAUGAAGAUGGUUCUUACGUGACAAUGCGCUCAUUACAAGGUUUGAUUUUCGGUAUCAUAAAUAUUGUCGGAAAUUUCGGGACUGUGUUUGUCGAUAAUGCUUACUGGCAACGCGCUAUCGCUGCAAGACCUUCGAGCACCGUAAAAGCUUAUCUAAUUGGUGGAUUGGCCUGGUUUGCCAUUCCAUUUACGCUUGCUACAACAAUGGGUCUUGCUGGUGUUGCUUUAGAAUCUUCUCCAAGUUCAGGUUGGCAAACUUUGAGCGACGAAGAUGUUUCUGCUGGAUUGGUUGUUCCGAAUGCGGCAACCGCUCUGUUGGGCAAAUCCGGUGCUUUUGCUGUAUUAGUAUUGGUGUUUAUGGCUGUAACGUCUGCCUUAUCUGCUGAGCUUAUUGCAGUCUCUUCUAUCUUCACUUAUGACAUCUUUCGUGCUUAUAUUCAUCCUGGUGCUAGCGGCAGACAAGUUAUUCACUUUUCACAUCUUGCUGUUACCAGCUUUGGACUUUUCAUGGGUGUUCUUGCUGUGAUUCUUCGUGCUAUCGGCGUUGAUUUGGGAUACAUGUAUUUGUUAAUGGGGAUUAUCUCAUCACCUGCUGUAAUACCAGUAGCAUUUACAUUGACAUGGAAAAAGCAAACAAGCAGGGCAGCAAUUGCAGCACCUUUGUUUGGAGUCGUAGCUGGAAUUUCAUGUUGGUUAGGCACUGCUCAAAGCUUGUAUGGUGAAGUUACUUUGUCUUCAACAGGCAUGAAUUACCCAAUGUUGGCUGGAAAUCUAGUUUCUCUCAUUUCAUCUGGACUAGUAACCACACUUUGGUCACUUAUAGCACCAGAUGACUUUGACUUUAAUAUCACUCGAACAAAACUCGAACAACUAACUGACGACGAAGUUAAUAAUGUGCAAAUAGAUCCAAAAGAAACCGAUCCAAUUCUAUUAAAGAAAGCAUCUCGAUUUGCCAUCUGGAGUUCAGUUCUCUUGACGGUUGUGUUGAUUAUCAUCUGGCCAAUACCAAUGUACCUCACGUCUUAUGUAUUUUCGAAACCAUUCUUCACAUUUUGGAUUGCGUUGAGCAUUAUUUGGGCGAUUUGUUCGACGUUUGCUGUUGCCGUGUAUCCG